CUGAUGAACUACACGAAACGCAGAAGCGGCCUUGAACUACUCGGAGAGGAGAGUUCAACGUGGUGUUGGCCGACGACGACGGGGAAGCCACCGAGGAAGUCGUUCGGGGAAGUUUUCGGUUCGCGAAGUCGGUUCACUCUUGCCGUUGACGCUUAAACCACAAGGUCACCAGGUAAUUGUAGUUGUUUCGUCAACCAUGGAGGAGAGUGCUAAGCACUCAAAUAAUGGUGAUGGCAAGAAAGAGGACGCACCUCAGCUCUCUGCAUUAUUGAAAGAAAUGAAAGAAGGACUUGAUGCUGUAAGAAGAAAAAUUCAAUCUUUAACUGUCAAGGUCAAACAAAAGGAAUACCCUACUGCAGAUGGAUUUAGCUAUCUUGAAGCUAAAAAUUUGCUGCUCCUGAACUAUUGUCAGUCCCUUGUCUAUUAUUUGCUCCGAAAGGCUAAAGGCUUCUCAAUAGAAGAGCAUCCUGUUGUGCGAAGUAUUGUGGAGAUAAGGUUAUUUUUGGAAAAGAUUCGGCCAAUUGACAAAAAACAACAAUACCAAAUCCAAAAGUUAACAAAGGCUAGUGAGAAUGUGAAGGGAAAUGAUAUUCCAAGUGAGGAGCCAGUUGCACCCAAUAAGAGUGAGGAUGUAUCAAAAUAUCGGCCAAACCCUGACAUGCUUGUUAGCAAGUUAGACAACACAUCGCAAGAUGGUGAUGCUGUGUAUCGUCCUGUAAAAAUUGCUCCUACUUCUAUGGAGUUAGAUAAAACGUCAAAGCAAGAACGAAAUGCACUGAGAAGGGAAAAAGAGAUUCUGAAGCAAGCUAAGCAGAGUGAUUAUAUCAGGUCAUUGAUGAAUGACAUGGAGGAUCGGCCUGAAGAGGUCAGAGAUUUCAUGGGAGCUAGCAGAGAAGUUGAAAACCAUGUUGCCAGGAUGGAGGAGCGUGCCCGGCAGGAGGAGGAGCUCUUCACUCGAGUUCCACUUUCAAAGAUGGAAAGGAAAAGAGAUAAAUACUUGAAGAAAUCAAGAAAUGGGUUGCAAGGUCUGACAGAGAGUUUCUUUGACGAAAUCAAAACAUUGCCCUUUGGAGAUAAAAGUGGAGACCAAAUCACGGUCUCUAGUAAUGAUGGUAGAAGGAAAGGUGGACUGAAAAAGCGAAAGAGGAGACAUUGAAGCUUGUUUUCACCUCAAGGAAGUGGAUG